AUGAAGAUCCCGACUUUUCUCAUUUUAGCAUUCGGCGCCAUUACUGGCUCCGGCGUUCAACUAAGCGAGGAUAUCGCGGACGGGCUCUUCACAGCCGACUUCAGCUCCGGAAACCUCAGUAACGUGGAGAUGCUCGCUCUACACGAGCGAGAGGAGCCAGCGGACAUUAACACUUCGCCAAAUCCGCAGUUCGGAUCCCGCAUCACGCAGCGCUCGCUCCCCGUCACCCAAGCCUCGUGCAGCGACUUCAUGUUCGUCGACUCAGCAGAUUACCUCCAGUCGCUUCAGAAGCUGCAGAACUACUGCAACGCCAAGCCAAACGUCAAGUCGAAGGGCAUCGUCGGUUUCAAAGUUGGCUCAGCGAUAGCCUAUAUGUGCAACUAUGGCAAACCGAUCCAGUGUCUGACCGAUGAACUCAAUGACGAUAUGAACACUCUCAACACCCGAUGCCAUAGUCAACAGAAAACUGGAUUUGUUUGGCAUAAAGGGGUCAAGAAGACGUAUGGACGGAGUCUCUUGACUGAGAGUAUCUGUGACAACAUGUAA